AAUUCAUUUCUUCAUUACGGUUUUAAAAUAUCUAAGGCCAAAGCUCCGGAACCAAAAGAGCAGUGUGUAGAGAAAUUAUUCCGAGAGUGCACCGCUUCACAUGAGUGAGUGACCUGUGACUGAUGAUGUCUCUUACAACAGCGGUGGCAAAGACCCUAAACUCUGCCGCUAUACUUGAUGUGUGUUCUCAGUGUUGGAAGUUUAGAGCUUAUACAUGGUGUAGGUGGAGGUUACAAGGAAAAAGAAAUUACAGUUUUCUACCAGAUGAUGUUAAGUCAGUGCGAUCAGUGGUCAAUCCAGAUAUAUCAAAAAUCCGCAAUAUUGGUAUCAUGGCUCACAUUGAUGCAGGGAAGACCACCACCACAGAGAGAAUGCUGUAUUACUCAGGAUAUACCCGGUCAUUGGGAGAUGUUGAUGAUGGAGACACUGUAACAGAUUUUAUGGUUCAAGAAAGGGAGAGGGGGAUUACAAUACAGUCUGCUGCAGUCACCUUCGAUUGGAAAGACCACAGGAUCAAUCUCAUAGACACCCCUGGGCACGUGGAUUUCACGCUGGAAGUGGAGAGAGCUCUGCGGGUCUUGGAUGGGGCCGUGGCUGUGUUUGAUGCUUCAGCCGGAGUAGAGGCCCAGACCCUAACAGUGUGGCGGCAGGCUGACAAGCACCAUGUGCCACGAAUCUGUUUCCUGAACAAGAUGGACAAACCGGGAGCCAGCUUAACAGAUUCGGUUGAGAGCAUAAAGAAGAAACUUAAAGUCAAUCCAGUUAUUGUUCAGAUGCCCAUUGGCAGAGGUAAAGGCUUCACCGGAUUGGUCGAUUUAAUCACCAGUCAGCGAAUGACAUGGCAUCAGUCUGACAGUGACGGUCGAGUAUUUGAGACAAAACCCUUGGACUCAUCAGACGACCCAGAAUUCUUGAGGAAUGUCAGGGAUGCCAGGAGUAAUCUCAUUGAACAGGUUGCAGACCUGGACGAUGAGUUUGCCGAGCUGUUGCUGGGGGAGUUCGCUGACAACUUUGACGCUGUUCCACCUGGAAAACUGCGGCAGGCGAUCCGGCGGGUGACCCUGUCACGGAAGGGCGUCCCCGUGCUCUGUGGAAGUGCCCUGAGAAACAAGGGGGUGCAGCCGCUGCUGGACGCCGUCGCCGCCUACCUCCCGGCACCCAGCGAGCGCCACCACGACAUGCUGCAGUGGUACAAUGAAGACCUUUGUGCCCUGGCGUUCAAGGUGGUGCAUGAUAAACAGCGGGGGCCCCUAGUGUUUGUCCGCAUAUACUCGGGCACUAUGAAAACCCAGUCUGCCGUGUACAACAUCAACAGGAACAACACGGAGCGGAUGAGUCGCCUGUUGGUGCCGUUUGCAGACCAGCACGUGGAGAUCCCCUCCCUCAUGGCUGGAAACAUCGCCCUGACGGUCGGCCUUAAGCAGACUGUCACAGGGGACACUAUCGUGGCCUCCAAAGCAUCGGCAUCUGCAGCAGCCCGUCAGGCGCUAGGCGAUGAGAAGCGGCCUGCAGGCUCAGAUGAGAAGCCCAGAAACCUGAUCCUGGCUGGCGUGGAGGUUCCAGACCCAGUGUUCUUCUGCACCAUUGAACCCCCAACUAUGUCCAAGCAAACAGACCUUGAACAUGCUUUGACCUGUCUUCAGAGGGAAGACCCAAGUCUCAAGGUUAAAACAGACCCAGACUCUGGACAGACGAUCCUCUGUGGCAUGGGCGAGCUUCACAUCGAGAUCAUCCACGACCGAAUCAGGAGGGAGUAUGGCAUCAACACCUACCUGGGCCCCCUGCAGGUCGCCUACAGGGAGACCAUUCUCCAGCCAGCAUCAAGCACAGACACCCUAGACCGAAUCCUAGGAGACAGGCGACAUGUGGUGACAGUGAGCCUGGAAGUCAGUCCCCAGGAGGACGUGGCCAGCGAUGUGGCCUUUGAGGGGGGUGUGGGGGACCAGCUGGCGACUGAAAUCAAGGAUGCUGUGCAGAAUGGAAUACGCAGCGCUUACCUCCAAGGUCCAGUGCUGGGAUUCCCCGUGCAGGGCGUUUCCACAGCAGUGCAGGCCGUCAGCGUGCAGCCUGGCACCUCUAUGGCCAUGGUGUCGGCGUGCGUGUCCCGCUGCAUGCUGAAGGCCAUGAAGCAGGCAGGGGGGCAGGUGCUGGAGCCGCUGAUGAGCCUGGAGAUCGCAAUGGUGGAGAGCCACCUGAGUGCCGUGCUGGGGGACCUGGCGCAGAGGCGCGGCAGUGUGCGGGACAUCCAGAGCCGCCUGGACAGCAAGGUGGUCUUGGCCUUUGUGCCGCUGGCGGAGACCAUGGGUUACUCGACCGUGCUGCGCACGCUGACGUCAGGCAGCGCCACCUUCUCCCUGCAGCUGGACAGCUAUGCGGCCAUGAGCGCGGAGCAGCAGCGCACCCUCUUCAACAAGAUGGCAGGCCUGCUGUGAGAGCAGCGAAGCGGAGCCCUGCCAGGACCAGUGUGCUCUCACCCUGCAGAAAGACCCUGUCUUCCGUGUAAAAUCCUGUGCAACUGGCCUGGAGCCUGCUAACGCACUGCCAGGGCACCUGAUGCGUGUGUCAUAAUGAAUGCUGGACAAAGAGUACCAAGCAUAUUUACGCAGAUCAUCCAAAACCUCAGUAUUCAAAUUUACCGCAUACAAUAAAAUAUUUGAAGGGUCUUUAACCAAUAACCCAGUUUCAGUGAUUUCACGUUUCAUUCCAUUUCCAACACUUGUCUAUAAUUUUCUUUUAUUUCCAAUUAUUUGAGACAGUUGAAUGAUUACAGUACAAGUAAUGUACAAUUGACUUUCAUAGAAUUUGAAAAAUGUCACAUUAAAAACUGCACAAGCAGAACAUUGAUUUGAUCAUAUUGAAUACUGAUUGUUGUAAUCUGUACAACCUACAAGCCUCUGUACUCAUUUUUGCAGUAUCCGAUAAACAAGGGUUCAGCUGGGAUCCCACGUCUUGCAAAGAGAAAAAGAGAAAUGGAAGUUAGAUUACAAAAUUUCCAGUUGAAACGCUACACUUUUACCCUCUACCAGCCUGCAGAGUCUGCUACUGUAUGAAUUCUCAAACAGACAUGCUUAUCAAUAUGCUGCAAUUGGUAGAAUCAAUAGAAUUAAGGGUAUAUAUAAGAGGAUCUCAAAGCCUGGAUCUGGAUGCGGACCAAACCGCAGGGUAUUCUGGACCCAGGUGGUAAGCAUAUUGCUUCAUGAGAUGCAUAACUCAUAAUGAUCUCCCCCAUGACAGAGAAUCAAAGCGGUGAGUGUUACCAAGUUCCCGUUUUUUGUUACAUAUUGAAGUGUAUAUUGGUGGCUAUUGUUAAUUUAUUAAAGUUCAUGAAAUGCUGUUUUGUUACUGAAAA